AUGUUUCCUACGCGCGCUCUCCUGGCCUCUGCCAGGCUGACUCUUUUUACUCGUGCAGGCUGUGGCCUCUGCGACACUGCCAAAAAUACUGUGUUGCAAUUGCAGAAACGACGAUCCUUCGACUACGUGGAGAACGACAUUAUGGCCCCUGGAAAUGAAGCAUGGAGGGAGGUCUAUGAUUUUGAUGUCCCAGUCUUGCAUGUCCAAUCAGUGCAGGAUGGAUUGCCCAAGCAGGCUGACCUCUCUGAUGCUCGCAAAUUGUUCCAUCGAUGGACAGAGCAAGAAGUGGAGCGGUCGGUUGAAGAGGCAGAGAACCAAUAA